UUGUCUGUCAUUUCCAAGUCGGUGUUCAGGAUCAGAGGGGCAGCAUGCCGCGGUCAUUCCUAGUCAGAGCAAGGCAAACUAACUCUCCUUCCUUGGAGAAAUGUCCAGAUUCAAAUCAGCAAAAACUUCCAGAAGUUAAAACGGAGAAGGGACCUUCCGUUGAAGACAAAGCAUUCGAAACAGGAUCCAGUGUCACUUCUUCUGCUAAAAAUUCAUCUUUAAACCUCGCUCAGGAAACUUAUACCCCACGCAUCCCUUUGCCGACGCUUCCCCGGCGACAUGGUGUAGAAUACUUUGAUUCAAAGUUCCCGUUUGCUCUUCCAAGAGCGCUUCCGUUUCCUCCCGCUCCACCGUCGCCUUUGGUUUUGAGGCCUGUGCCGCGCUAUGGUGGACUAUCAUUUCCUUACAGCUGCCCAAGUCUCACCGUCAGCCCAGACCCGUUUGCUUAUCGUCAUUUCGCUCAACAGUCGCCCUUCCUUCAAAGAGGCUUCACUGGUCAAGAGUCCUUCUUUGCUCCGGCAAGAGUAACAGAGUGCCGCGAUCCUAUUUCGAAUUUAGGCGAAUUUUUUGGGCGUCAAGAAAGUGUGGACAGCGAGGAUCUCACCUCAGGAGAGCCAACCUCCUUGAAAACGAAGGUAUAUAAAUGCCAAGAAUGUGGGAAAGAAUUUAAGAGGCCGUCAAGUCUCUCAACACACAAACUUAUUCAUUCCGAUCACAAGCCUUAUUCGUGCAGUUACUGUGGAAAAAACUUCCUCCGCAAAUCCGACAUGAAAAAGCACACGUUGAUGCACACUGGGGUGAAACCAUUUCAGUGUAAGCAGUGCGGCAAGGUUUUCAGUCAAUCCUCUAACAUGCUUACUCACAUGAGGCGGCAUACCGGAAUUAAACCCUUCCCCUGUAAAAUUUGCGGCAGAAGGUUCUACAGGAAAGUUGAUGUUCGUCGGCACACUAUGAGGCACGAGUAUAGAUCAAGUUUGGAAGACGGAAACACUAAGUGAACUCCUUCAAGCAGCCACAGGAAACUCCUAGAAAAUACAUCGAGUUGUUUAGAAACUAGGGAUUGUCUGCAUAUAAACAAUUUGCUAGCCACAAACUUUACGAACGAAAAGCCAUAAAAUCAAACCUGAUUUCAAAUAUGCUCUUCUAAAUAUGUAUUUUAGACCAUCUUCGUAUUGUAUUGUAAAGAGAAAAAAAACCCUUGAGAAACUUAUCACCUUUAUAGAAAAUAGAACACUUAUUCCGAACCUUAUUUUUAAGAAGCCUCAAUAGUUUUAGCAAGAAACUAAGAACAAUUAAAAAUAAUCAAACUUAUUUGGGUAUACUGUAUUCAACUUCUCCCAGACGGGUGUUUCGUUUUCCACACAGUACCUAGCGUCGCUGUCAUCCAUCUUUAUAAGCGAAACGAAACGAAAUAUUUCAGUCCCUUUUUAUUUCUAUUUAUCUUACAAUGAGUAAACAGGAACUUUAGGGAGAACUUCCAAGCCUCUAACUGCGCCUAAAGAGUCUUGAUCGUACGUAAUGGUGAGGUCAAAGCAAAAUAAUAUACCAUAAAAAUUUAUUAUGCCUUGGUUUUUUUUCUAAGCAGUAGUAACAAUUAAUUUGAAUUGAAACUAUUCUUUUGAGCAUAACUAGCAGGUAACACGUUGACUAAAUGUAAAUUUUGCCAGAAAUAAGCAUUAAGAUCAGUUAUUGAUAUUAUCUGAACAAAACCGCCGACGACAACAUUUUAUAAUGGCUUGAAAAGAUAUUAUCUUUUGUUUGAAGCGGGCAGUAACUGGGCAGUUUUUUCAGGGAAAUGUAGCGUGCAAUAAAAUUCUACAAAAGGGUUGUUUGUCCGCAGAGAGAAGAUGAGUACUAUUCUGUAAACAAACAUAAUGACAAAUGAUAGUAUCGUUCACAUAACAGGUGGGUUGGAGUGCCAGGUAAAUUGAGGUUGCUUAUAUCGCUCGACAUAAAGCAAAAUUCGAACUUGCUAUCAUAACAUCGAAAAUAACUUGAUUCCAAAAGUAUCGUUUAUAGUAUGCCGUAAGCUGGGAUACAGGUACCCUUUCUUUUC